AUGGCCACCGUGACUACAAACCUUAGUGUCCUCUCUCCGGUAUUCCUUCCUCCUUCCUCAACUAGAAACCCUAGACGUAUCCAUGGCAUCAACAAGACGCCACCACCUCGUCUCUCCCUUCCUGCUAAACCCUUCUCUUCUCCACUCAUCCUAAUCGCUGCAGCAUCAUCCCUUUCGCCGCUAACUCCUCUCCUUCGGACGACUCGGCCAUCCACACUCACCUGGUCGACUCGCUCAUCUAGACUACCCGAGUCGACUCGGUCAUCUACACUCACAAGGCUGACUCGGUCACGUUCCGUCAUCGCGUUGACUCGGUCACCUUCCGUCGCCGAGUUGACUCGGUCAUCUUCCGUCGCCGAGUUGACUCGGUCUCUCGCCACUCUGGCGGCGUUAGCGAUGGCUUUAGCCAGAGCCUUCGCCCAUAAACUCUCUCUCGCAGCUUACACAUCGGCAGUACGACACUCUCUCCAAACGGGCGGGACAGUGUUCUUGGCGUCGCUCCGGGAACCGCCGCCGGGGUAUUUGAUCACGCCGCAGACGGUGGUGGCGAUUGUGUUGAAGAAGUGGCUGGAUAUAUACAGUGAUGUAUUGGUGCUUAGGCUGUUGCUGAGCUGGUUCCCUAAUCUCCCUUGGGAGAGACAGCCUUUGUCAGCCGUUAGGGAACUGUGUGAUCCUUACUUGAAUCUCUUCAGAGACAUUGUUCCUCCUGUCUUCGAGAAUGAUCUCAAUCCGCAUCUUGCUUUAGUUGUUCUCGGUAUACUCAGAUCAAUUCUGGACGUAAACAUGGGAAUAUAG